CGCGCACUCGGCUGCUGCUCGGUAACGGACAAGCUCCGGAGGAGGAGGGUGUCGGAAUCCGUAAAGAAAAGGGACUAUGGCUGCUAACAUGGGGUCUAUGCGUAUCCUCAUUAAAGGAGGGAAGGUGGUCAAUGAUGACUUCACACAGGAAGCAGAUGUUUACAUUGAGAACGGCAUCAUACAACAGGUCGGAAAGGAACUUAUGAUACCUGGUGGAGCCAAGGUGAUCGAUGCUUCGGGGAAGCUGGUGUUACCUGGUGGAAUAGACACCUGCGUGCAUCUGCAGCAAACAUUUAUGAACGCCAGCAUUCAGGAUGACUUCUACAGUGGCACUAAGGCGGCUCUGAUGGGCGGCACCACCAUGGUGAUGGGUCUGGUCCUGCCUGAACAACACUGCUCCCUGGUGGACGCCUACGAGAAGUGUCGGGCCCUGGCUGACGCCAAGGCGUGCUGCGACUACGCUUUGCAUGUUGGGGUGACCUGGUGGGGACCCAAGGUUCGUAAUGAGAUGGAAGCCCUGUUGAGGGAGCAUGGAGUGAACUCCUUCCAGAUGUUCAUGGCCUACAAAGACCAGAUGAUGCUUCGGGAUUCAGAACUCUAUCAGACGCUGCAGACCUGUAAGGACAUCGGCGCCAUUGCACGUGUCCACGCUGAAAACGGAGAGCUGGUGGCAGAGGGUGCCCGAGAGGCUCUGGAGCUGGGCAUCAGUGGACCAGAGGGAAUAGAGAUCAGCCGACCAGAGGAGCUCGAGUCUGAAGCUACUCACAGGGCUAUCACAAUCGCCAACCGGGCUCGCUGCCCCAUCUACCUAGUGAAUACAUCCAGUAUGUCUGCUGGAGACAUGAUUGCUGCAGCUAAGAUGCAGGGUAAGGUGGUCCAUGCAGAGACGACAGUGGCUCACGCUGUGCUGAAUGGGAUGCAGUACUACCACCAGGACUGGGCUCAUGCUGCCGCUCACGUCAUCGUCCCACCUCUACGCCUGGACCCAAACACCCCCAGCUACCUCAUGGGCCUGCUGGGAAAUGACACUCUGAGCGUUGUGGCUUCAGAGCACCGUCCGUUUCUCACCAAGCAGAGAGCUUUGGGCAAAGAAGAUUUCACUAAAAUCCCUCAUGGAGUGGCUGGAGUCCAGGACAGGAUGAGUGUCAUCUGGGAGAGGGGAGUGGUUACAGGGAAGAUGGAUGAGAAUCGUUUUGUGGCCGUGACCAGCUCCAACGCCGCAAAGAUCUACAAUUUAUAUCCACGUAAAGGGCGUAUUAUCCCCGGAGCGGACGGUGACGUCGUGGUGUGGGACCCAGAUGCAACAAGGACGAUCUCUGUGAGCACUCAGGCGCAGGGAGGAGACUUCAACCUGUACGAAGGGAUGCGCUGUCACGGCGUUCCCCUGGUCACCAUCAGCCGGGGACGUUUGGUGUGUGAGAACGACGUGUUCAUGUGCGCCGAAGGAUCCGGGAAGUUCUACCCACAGCGCAUUUUUCCCGACUACCUUUAUAAGAAGAUGGUCCAGCGAGAGAAGAAUCAGGCCUACAAAGGGGUAGAAAGGGAUCCUUAUGCCGGUGACGUGGCCAAAGUUGCCAACGCGAUGAAGAAGGAGCUCGGUUUGAGCCCCAUAGAUGGAGAAUCGUCCAACAAAUCCAGCAGCCGAGUUCACCAGGGAGUCCGAGACCUGCACGAAUCCUCCUUCACACUUUCAGGGGCUCAAGUCGACGACCACAUCCCGAAGAGGUCCUCCGCUCGGAUCCUGGCCCCUCCCGGUGGCCGCUCCAGUGGGAUUUGGUAAUCAGUGGUGCCGGAGCUCCACCUGUCCAAGCCUCUGUGUUUUAGUAUAUUUCAAAACAACCAGGAAAACUGCACUGAUUUUCCACCACAGAAAUGAGUUAAAAAUAGAUUCAAGCAUGAGUCGGAUCCAUUUUGGUUUUAAAAAAAGUGAGUUUUAAAUCUACUUUGUGGUUUAAUUGAUUUUACUUGAUCAGUUCUAUGAAAGUGAAGGAACAUUUACAAUUUUUAAACGAUUUACCAAAUUCAAGCUAAUCUUACUAAUAACUGCUCAUUAUGAACCUUAAUGCAUAACUGGGCAGAAAACCCAAACUACCCUGUGAAAGAUCAAAACCAGUACAGUUUUUAAUGGUUUGAACUGAAGUGAUGUUGACCGAAGUAUUUAAAGUUAAGUGGAAUCAGUGAAAUAUCGUUCACACGUAUCACACACACACGCGUAUAGUGCACCGUAGAGACCAUAGCUUUAGUUUUGUGUGAAGAUGUGCGUGGAUUCUGUUUGUGAUGAAACCACCCGCUCCGUUCGGCUCCCGCUGAACUGCUGAGAGGGCUCUUUGUUUCCAGAGGACGACCAGUCGCUGUGUGGUGAUGAAAUCCAACUGCUUCAACACCGUGUCACCUUUUAAAAAGACUUGACUCCAUCUGUCUCUGAACUCUCACUGCCUCUAACUGAACACACAUCCUGCGACCGCCCUGCCUCACCUGAAGUGUCGUUGGGUCUGCAGAGUUUUAAAUCCUGUGGUCUUUUCUAGGAUUGUAUAACCGUCCCAGUAAGAGCUAAAUCUAGUUCUGUAGACCUGGCAAACGUAAUACACUUUAGUUUUUUUUUAAGUUAGAGUUCAUUGUAAGGUUAAAAGAGGGGACAUUUUCUGUCAGAUUUUUCUGCUAACCUAGAUUAGAACAAUAAGGGUUAUUGUAAUUUACAUGAAUGGAGGUUCUCAUUCCAGAGGGAUUACUUAGAGGCGUCUGAGUAAAAACAAUAAACACAAAGAAGUUGUUUCAAAGCCUGCUCUAAUCAGACAUGAAUAAUUCUUCUGAAGGCUGUACACCUCCAACGCAGAAAGUUGGUUAAAAAUAACGUGCUGAAAUAUUUUCUGUAUUUUUGUGGGUUUUGUUGCUCGUAAGGUCAGUUUCGUUUAAAACACUAAAUGAAAAAAUAAAACGGCCGCAGUUUCUCCCAGCUGUGACUGUUGGUCUGUUUUAAGUGACAGGUUUAUCUUCCAUCAGUUGUCUGGAGUCGAACAUCGAUGCAAGGAACGCGUUCGACUCCUUUCUCGUCAGUGCAGCGUAGCUUCACAACACAAAAAUUAAUCAUAUCCUGUUACAGAUGCACAACAUUGUUGAUGCUAAUGUAUCAUGUAGGAUUUUUUUUACUUUAUAAGACAAUAAAUUACCUAAUUUUGGUAAAAGUGUUUCUUCUGAUGAAGUCACGAACACGC